CGAUCGAUCGGUUCAGUUGCUGCCGGUUCGGUGCUGUGUGUGUCCAGCUUGUUUGUGUUACCGAUAACCUUCCGUGAUCGGGCACGCAACCACCAAACGGACAGUGAAUUGCGAUAAGGAGUGUGGUGUACAGUAUUAACGAAGCACAAUUAAACGUUGCCUUACUCUUGGCUAGCUGAAAAAGAAUUGUCCCGAAAAGUGGUGUAAAGUGUGUUUAGUUCUUCUUUAAACAUCAGUGCAGCCGGUUGUCUAUAGAAUAAUGGGCAAGUAUAGUCUAACGGCUUUCGUGCCUAUGGUGUUGUUUUGCCUCACCGUAGUCAGUGUUGUGGAGGGUGGAUUUUUGGAUUGGUUCCGAAGCAACAAAAACAAGGGUCACGAUGUGUGUCGCGUUGAGUUCGAGGUGCUUGACCCGCAAGGGUUGCGCUUAUGGACGCCCCAAAAAGCCCAAGUCAAAGGAUUCGGUGUGGAACUGUUCAUUAAUCCUGUGCGCGGGCGUAAGGUGCAGCAGUGCAACGUGUGCCGUAACACAACGGAGAUUACGCACGGGAAAUUCUUCCUGCAGGAUGACAACGUGAUCGUCAAGGUUGGGGACAUACUGGAGUAUGUGAUCAUUACCGAUAACGGGAAGUCUGUCCAGCGCCACAAACCAAGGAAACUGAUAGUGGAUGACGGCAUCAUCAAGCCGAAAGGAAGAUGUGCCUGUCCGCCUGGUACCGUAACUCCGGCCACACCGACGGAUUCCGCCAAGCAGGUGUUUGAAGAACCAACCGCCGAGAUAGCUCUGCUCGAACGCAUUCUUGAAAGAGUGUCGAAAAAGUGUGCCGAAGGUGCCAUGUCCAACUUCCUCUUCCUACAAACGGAUCGGGCCGAUGGACCGACCAACGAUUUGAAACAGAUUGUGCGUAAUUACUUCCAGAGCAAGGACGCUCUGAAGCCACUGACGAAUUCGGUCAUGUCCGCGGAAGAUGGGUCCGAUGGGAUUGUCUUCCGAGUGACCAAUGUUAUCGAUAAACUGAAAAUUUUGGAGCUCGCUCGACAGGAUAAUGACAUACUGGACUACGAUAAGCUGACCGCGAUCGAUGACUUUGAUAUUCGUGGCUCAUUUACUGAGACUCCAUAACUGGAGAUUAAAACUUCCUUUUGAAAAUGACAU